AUGAAAAAUGGCUACCCUACUCCCCAUGGUAUUUCUAGGUUUUACAAAUCUACCAAAAGCACUGUUCCAAUUCUUCCCCAUGCUGAAUAUUAUGUGAAAAGUCGUGAAGGUAUUUCUUAUACCACACCUAUUGAUCUUUCUAGUCGUGACGCUGCUGGUAAGCCGUACAAGCCUGAUCUGAUUAUCAACCAUGUUUCUGAACACCUGCGACUUCUCAUUGCCAAUCCAAUCAUGUCCCCCUAUUUAUCUGAUCUUCCUGAUUAUACGAGUAACCAACGUAUAAAGCUUAGUCAAGGUAAAAAGUGGAUUGAGGAUAAAUUGUUUCAGCCUCCCAUGAUAAUUGUUGGUAAUGACAACAACCCUCGGCAAUUGUGGGUGUCGGAUAGAAUCUCUCGUCUGUCUGAUAUCAAUGUUCCUGCUCAACAGCGUCCCUACUUCAAGGUAUUCAAGUUCUUCCAAGAAUCCGACAUUGUCAAGGGGUUCCUUUUCCCGGUAAUAACCAAGAUGAAUGAUUCCAUGUACUAUCUCUCCGAAAAGGUUGUCUCAUGUGAUGUAUCACAGCUCUAUCUUGAUGAUGUUUGCCGUUUAGAAGUGGAAGAUUACCAUGCCUAUACCAGUGUCAUGCAAAAUUUGACUCCUGAACGUUUAAUCAUCUGUAACCCGAGCUAUACUAUUGAUGACACUAAUAUUAUUCGUGAUCACUAUAACAUGAUUAUAACUGCCAACGACCACAAGCACCCAUUGCCUGUUAACUCCAACUUUGUCAACAACGUCCUUUACCCGUCUAUUCCCAAGAACGUUCAGGUUGUUAGAGUUGUUCCUUAUAACUUGUUUUCUGAUGACACUAGUCGUAAUUCUAUAUCAAAAUGGAAUUGCUUCGAUACUUGGUUAAUGAAUCCUGCUGCUUUGCCCCUAAGUAUUGCCAAUUAUUACUUGAACCAAUUGCUUUUAUGUGGGUAUGACGUAUUUGUUGUCGCUCCUCUUUUGUUCAUCAAGGCUGACAAUCCUCGUCAUGCCGAGAUAACUUGCUUAAAACAUUCAACGGCUACAUUUCCACGUAGAAAGUGCUUCUGGUGCCGCCAUGCCAAUAAUUACAAUCAAAAUAUAAGGACCACUCCUGAAGAAUAUGUGUCAGCUCCAAGGGAAAAAGGGCAUUGGAAAAGUUUAUUUAUUACAAGCAACUUACCUAUUCCUGAUUUUUCGAUCCGGGUUCGUGAUAGACAGGGUCACUUUAUUUUUGUUGAUGAUCUGAUGACUCUUGGUUUCAAAGAUUCUAAUGGUAAGGGCUUGCUGGGUCUGUUCUCUUGGGAUCGAAGUAAAGAUACGCCAGUUGAAAUAUUGCAUGGAUUAUGUCUGGGCUUGAUCAAGUACACCUUCAACAAGGCUGCCGAUUGUUGUUUUAACAAAACCCAAGUCGAUGUUAUCAGUUCUCUAUGUUGUAUUUACGGUUCAAAGGCUUUCACUAACUUGUCCACGCAUCGGAAGGGUUACAAAAGCUACCUUGGAAGAGAUUUCAAGCUUAUGGUCCAGAUGAUUCCAAUUGUACUGAGACUUGCUAAGGAUGACCGGGCAUUCUUGACUUUUCGUAACGAUCCCCACCACAGGAUGAAUAACAUCAUCGAUACUUUCGAUAAGCUUGGUGAGCUUUGUUCUCUAUCGUAUAUGUCGGAAAUUUAUACCAACUGUCAUGAUCCUGUUACAUUUUAUGCCCCAAAUAUGCAAUAUGAAAGCCAUUCAUUCUCUGUCCUGUCCUGCCUGUCUUGUUCCUCCCUCGUUCCUGACACCAACUUUGACGAAUUUGUUGAGAUGCUUCGAAAGGCUGCCAAUGAUUCAAUCGUUGCUUUGGAUAACCUUGAUCAUACGGCAAUUCCAAGUAACAGGCGUUCUCGUCGCGGUCGUAGAGCCAGUCAAGCUUCUACAACUGAAAAUUUAGAUGAGCCAUCGGUGAUGUUUCGUGAUGUUGUGCCUCCUGAAGAAGGUGAAGAUUCUGACGAUGAAGACGUAACUUCUGCUGCUGCUACUGGUGCACAUGCUACUGGUGCGCAUGCUGGUGCGCGUGCUGGUGUACGUUCUCGUGCUGGUGUACGUUCUCGUGCUGGUGCUAGUUCUGGUGAACAGCUUAAUGGUGCUUCCAUUCCAUACGCCAAGACAGGUGGCCCUCUGUGCAAUCGUUUGAAAACACACUUGAUCAUUCACUUGUUUAACAAGUACAUUCGGGCAAUAAUCAUGAAAACGUACAAGCAAAACCCCUCUCGUGAAUUGGCCCUGAUCAAUGGUCGUGCGCUGUCUUUGACGAAUGUCGCGAUGGGUUGUUACUUGGACAAUGAUGCGAAGCCUUGUGGUUCCAAGGUGAGGGAAUGGUUUAGUCGUUUUGGUCAAAAAAUGUACUUUAACGCAAACCGUGAGUAUGGUAGUGCUGCAUACAUCGCCGGUAAGAGAGUCGCUUUUGACAUGGUCGCUGUCUUUGAUCUCGAUCUUGGCGAAGGUGGGAAGCGUCGUUUACUUGGAAAGGUUGUGCUGAAACGCCGUGAUCUCGUCGAACUGGAGGUUUAUACGCUUGUUGAAAAACCAGUGCAAGUGCUUUCUAACAACGCAAGCAUCUUCAGAAACUACCAGGUGGACGAUGGUGGCAAUCUUGUCGUGGUCAAAUCGGACGAAACUCUAAGUACGCUGGUGUUCAAGCUGGUUGCUGUUGAUCUAUUGGACAUGUCGCAUUCAACUGUGAUAAAUGAUGUUCAAUACUCAAUAAUUAACAGGUGUAAGUUUGGUACUCUUUGGUGGUUCCAUAAUACGGACAGAAAUUUCGAAAUGUUGAAAAACGAUUCCCAAGAUUAA